AUGAGCCGGCCGAAGAGGGAGCUGCCCCCGAAGCCGAGGACGAAAAGCCCGCCGAGCCCGAGGUACCUGCUGAAGAUGCCGGCAGCAGCGCCGGAGGCCACCCCUGAAGAGGCAGAGGAACCCGAGCCCGAGCCUGCGGAGGAGGGGAAGGUUGCCGAGCCCGAGGUUGAGCCCGAGGCUGUUGAGACGGAGGAGGAGAAGGCUGCUGAGUCCGAGGUCGAGCCUGAGGCUGGGCCCAAGGCCGCUGAAGACGACAAGGCAGAGGAUGCCCCUGCGGGGGAAGACAAGGCUGAGCCUGAAGCGGCCGCCGAAGCACCUGCCGACUCUGCUCCUGAAGAGCCGGCAGAAGCGCCGGAGGCCACACCUGAAGAGGCAGAGGGACCCGAGCCUGCGGAGGAGGAGAAGGCUGCUGAGCCUGAUCCUGAGCCCAUCGAGGAGCCUGCAGCGGAAGAGAAACCGGCCGAGGCUGCAGAUGAGCCGAACGACAAGCCCGAGGACAAGGAGGAAGAGAAGGAGCUAGCUGCUGAUGCAGCAGAGCAAGAUCCCCCCGAGUCUUGGGAUGAUGACGCCGGCGACAACCAAGCAAAGGACGAGGAGAAGGCGGCGGACGUCCCGGAGGAGGCUGAAGCCGCUGAAGUCGCCCCAGCCGAAGAUGGCGAACCUCCUGCUGAAGAGCUGGCUGGGGACGAGGCAGAGGUAGAAGCUGAGCCAGCUGUCGCAGAGCCCGAGACAGAGGCCGAGACUGAGAAAGAAAAAGAGGCCCCUGCUGCGGACACCGAUGAAGCCGCUGGACCAGAGCCUGCGCCUGCCCCAGACGAGGCCCCCGAGAAGCCGGCCGACGACGAUGAGGUUGAUGAGGCUGACGAGGCUGCUGCCGCCGCCGCCGUAGACGAUGCAGACAAGGACGAAGACGCCCCCGCUGCCGAAGCAAAGGAUCCCGAAGAAACUGAAGUGGAAGGGGCUGCUCCUGCCGAGCCCGAGCUCGAGCCCGCACCGGAGCCUGUUCCCGAAGAGCCUGAAAAGCCGGCUGAAGAAGAAGAGCCUGCGGAGCGGGAGGCACCUCCCGAGGCUGAGGCUCCGGUUGAGCCCGAGCCUAAGCCGGUCGAGAAGGAGGCACCUGCCGAGCCCGAACCCGCCGCAGCUGAACCUGAGCCCGUCCCGGCCGAGGAUGAGGAGCCUGCCGAGCCUAAACCCGAACCAGAGGCACCUGCCGAGCUCGAGGCUCCGGCCGAGGAGGAGGAGUCUGCUGAACCCGAGCCUGAGCCCGUCCCAGUCGAAGAACCUGCGGCAGCUGAGGAGGAGAAGCCUGCCGAGCCUGAACCUGUUCCGGCCGAGGAGCCCGUAUCUAGGGAGCCUGCCCCCGUCGAGGAUGAGAAGCCUGAAGAGCCCGAACCGGUCCCGGUGGAGGAGCCAGCCGCUGCGGAACCCGAGCCAGCCGCUGCUGAACCUGAGCCAGCCGCUGCGGAACCCGAGCCAGCCGCCGCUGAACCUGAGCCAGCCGCUGCUGAACCUGAGCCAGCCGCCGCUGAACCUGAGCCAGCCGCUGCGGAACCCGAGCCUGCCGCUGCUGAACCUGAGCCUGCCGCUGCGGAACCAGAGCCUGCUGCUGCUGAACCCGAGUCUGUCGAGCCCGAGGAGCCACCUGCAGCCAAGGAGUCCCCUCCGGCUGAGAAAACCGAGGAGGAGGAGAAGGAGGAGGCCGAGGACUUUGUUGUGCCGAUCCCCGUGGCUGAGAAGAGGCCUGAGAAGCCCAAGAAAGGCGAUAAGAUUCCUAGCUCUCGCGAGGUCCCCAGCUCUCGUGAGGGACGUUCUCAGCGCUCCCAUCGCUCCCGCCACUCGGAAAACACUGAGUCUGGCUCUUCGCAUACGCCACCGAGGAGCCCCCAGCGCCGCGACAGUGGAUUCUCGCAGGGCAGCCCUGGAAGCUCCGACCGCAAGAAGAGAGUGUCCGAGGACCCGGCGACUGCGCGUGAACGCCGCAGGGGAGAGCGAAUUGCUCCCGACGAGCUGAUCGUCCGCGAGAGGCGUAGGGACGACCGACACCGGGACGACCGCCACAGGGACGAUCGUCACAAGAAGGACGACCGUUACAAGGAUGAUCGUCACAAGGUGGACCAUCACAAGGUUGACCGUCACAGGGAUGAUGGAUAUAUGGACGACAAAUACAAGGACGACAACAAAUACAAGGACGACAGAUACAAGGACGACAAAUACCUGGAGGAGCGGCUGAAGGAGAGGGAGGAACGGCACAAGGAGAGGGAGGAGAGGCAUAGGGAGAGGGACGAGAGACAUAAGGAGCGGGAAGAGAGGCACAGGGAGAGAGGAGAGAGGACCAAGGAGAGGGAUGAAAGGGCCAAGGAUAGGGAGGAGCGACGCAGGGAGCAGAAGCUCCUGGAAGAGCGCCUGGCAGCCGAGGUGAAGGAGAAGGCUCUCCGGGAAAUCGAGCGGGAGAGGCGCCGCGAGGAACGCCGCAUGGCGGAGGGGCAAGAAGCUCGUGAGAAGCGCCGUGAGGAGCGCCGCGCCAAGGAGAAGACGCGCGAGCGCGAGCGCGGUCGGGAGGAGAUGUCCCGCUCCCGACACAGGGCCACGAGCGACUCCGACGAGAAGGAGAAGCACCGCCACCGGUCCCGCCGACCGAGUCACUCGAGCCACCGCAACCGCCCCGAGCCUCCAAAGGAGAGCGUCGCCCCCACUCCAUCGCCCGGCCCCAUCCUCGACGAGGGCGGCCUCCCCGAGAAGAGGUUCUUUGAGCUCAGGCACGCAGAGGGUGUCCUGCGCGGCUUGCAGUCGUCCAACUCGUCGUCCACCAUGCGCGAUGACGCUGUUGACCAGCGGGCUAGGAGCGGAAGCCUCAGGAGGCCCAGCACUAGUCGUUCGAAGAGCCACCACCGCGGUUUUGUCGAGGAGACUCUCGACCACGAUAAGAAGUCCGAGAAGCAGGAGCGUGCCGAUGUCCCUGCCAUCUCCGUCGACGAUGCCAAGCCGCCGCGGUCUCCCCCGGAGGACGCCGCCAGGAAAGCUAGGCACCAGGAGCGCAAGAGGGCCAAGGAGGAGGAGAAGAGGCCUGCUGGAAUCAAGGCAGCCUUUAAGAAGAUCUUCACCUAA